AUGUCAUCUGACGGGGCCGAAGUGGCGGAGGACUAUCGCCUUGCCCUGGAGGAUCUCUCGUCUAAUAUGCGCUUUGAAAUUAGCAAUUUGACAGUAAUUGCUAGAGAAAAUACUGAACAUGCAUUGGCCAUUGCAGAUGUUCUGCAGCAGCACAUACUAAAGGCGCCACCGAACAAGAAACUGCCAGCCCUCUAUGUCAUGGAUUCGAUUGUCAAGAACGUUGGCACUCCAUAUACGCUCUACUUCGGUCGAUCGCUCUUCAAGAUAUUCAUGGAAUCAUACGCGGUGGUUGAUCACGGCAUACGCAGAAAGAUGGAGGAGAUGCUUAAAACGUGGAAGGAUCCUGUUCCUGGAUCAAUGGACACGCGGCCCGUCUUUUCACACGAGCUGGUACGGCCGAUCGAGAAUGCCUUGAUGAAGGCCAGAGCAGCGAGCAUGCCGCAGCAGGGUCAGGGUGGCAUACCUGGACGACCUCGCCCGGGAAUGUUCCCUCAUCGAAAUACACCGACGCCGCCGGGAAUGCGUGGGUUUCCCGGCCCAGCUGGGAAUUUUUCGCCUCAGCCUCACCCGUUCUCCAACGGAGGACACCCUGGUGAGCCAAUACCCGGCAACGCACCGCACCCCGGGCAGCAGCCCGCUCCUUAUCCCCCAUCCACCACGGCCUCUUACAACUCAACCCCUGUCCCCUUCCACCCGGCGUUUCGCUCGGGUUUACCUCUGCCGUCUGGAAUAAGCGUAGAGACCUUGAACAGUGACAUUCAAAACCUGAUUGUUGCUAUGAGGGCCGAGUUCUCGCAGAACCCACAUGAUGGCGGUGUCCAGAGCAGAUUAAAAGCUCUGUUGGACUUGCAGGGCGUUGUACAACACUCGAAUCUGCCACCAGACCAGCUUGAGCUCAUUAAAAACAAAGUAACAGAACUUGCUGCCGUGACAAUGAGGGCUCCUCUAGCCCGUAACUCUGCGACUUCUACACCCCCUAUUCCAGCACCAGCGACGGCGCCGCCUCUGGCGCUUCCUGUGCACCCUCCUUCAACAUCUGUAACUCCGUCAGCUGUGCCAGCAGCCCAGUCUGCUGCGUCAGUGACCCUUGAUUCAUUGCUGGGGAAAGGGGCGAUGGCGGCCUUGUUGAGCAUGCAGUCGGCCAAACCUCAGAACACGACACCCCAGCCUCCGUUUGGUGGUGCUCCCAUACGGUCACCACAGACGAACCAUAACGAGCCACCCAAGGCAUCCGCGGCCCCUGGCCCAAAUGCCUCGUCCUUGCUAGAUCAGCUUCGGGCAGCGGGAAUGCUUCCACCUGCUACGCCUACAAAUGCACCGGCUCCAAUCUCGAUGCCAGUUCCUCCACCGCCGCCCUCCAUGUUCCCCCCAGGCCUUUCAGCGAGCAUUGCCAGUUUGCUAGCUGCUCAUAGGCCAGAUUCUGGCCGAUCCAGCGCAGAUGGACUGGGUGCUUCUUCUGGAAUGGACUCGGCGGCUUUAAAGCGACAAUUCCGCCCCGACGCUGUUGCCGCGUUGUAUGAUGACCUGGGACCUCCUUGUACGCAGUGUGGACGGCGAUUCAAGACGGAUGAAGAGGGGAGAAGGAAGAAGACGGCUCACAUGGACUGGCACUUUAAAGUGCACCAACGAAGCACGGAGGCGGAGAAGCGAGGCACACAUCGGAGUUGGUAUGUGGACCAGCAGGAUUGGGUCAAGGCUCGCGAAGCGGUUGAUGCGAUACACGAUGUAUCUUCCAAAGAGGAGUCUGCUCAAGCGUCAAAAGACUCAGAGGGCCCCAAGUACAUUCUCGUGCCAGAUUCGAGCAGCGGCAUCAACAACGUGUGCCCGAUCUGCCAGGAGAGAUUUGAGAACAAGUGGUUCGAUACGGUGCAAGAAUGGGUAUGGCUCGACACGGUCUUGGUUGGCAACCGGGCAUAUCACGCCUCAUGCCGUGCCGAGGCAACAAGAGAUCGAGAGUCCACACCAGGCCUAUCACGACGCACGCCAGAGCCGGUGUUGGGAAAGCGAAAAGCAGAGACGGGUCUUACGUCACCAAAGAUUAGAGUACAUAAGGCGUUUGUAUAA